CUAUCUCAAAUAUCCCACCACAAAAAAGGGCUGGUGGAGUGGCUCAAGUGGUAAGAGCAAGUGAGGCCCUGAGUUCAAAUCCCAGCGUUGCCAAAAAAACCUGUAACUUUUAGAAUCUCCAAUUAAGAGGCAGAUAAAUUGGAUGUGGUCACUGGGGGAGCUCUUAUGCCAGCAGUUUUAGUAAAGUUGUGGGAGUGGACCCCUUUGGGGUGGACAAGUGAAUGGAAUUUGAAUCCAUUUGUUUGUUUAUUGCAAAUGCCAAGGUCUGGGAGGGUCUCAGAAGUGAAAUAUAAGAAAAUACAGACGAGGUCCCUUCCUUAGUGUGGCUUAUCCGAGCAGGAAAGGUGACAUUUAUAAAGUAAUCACAACUCUUGUCUAAUGAUACAGUGCUUGAACUAUUCAGAGCUGUGAUAGCAUUUAAAAGGUGGAUCUGGCCUACUGCAGGAAGGAAAGUGAGGAAGAAUUGGGAAAAUGAAGUAUGAAUGGAGUUAAGCAGAAGCAGAGCUUUGGAGAACACAAAAGAAAGCCUUCGUGGCCGCAGAGCUGAGAGCAAGAAGGAAGAGAGAGAGAAGAGACUCCAAGCACAGAAAGGAUCAGAGUAAGCCGGAAAAGGCUGGGAGAGACCGUUGCAUGCAAAACUACGCUUCCCGGGAAGCAUUGGGCCACCGUAGCCGGAAGUGAGAAAGAGCACCAUGUCUGCGGAAGUCCCCGAGGCAGCCUCGGCAGAGGAGCAGAAGGAAAUGGAAGAUAAAGUGACUAGUCCAGAGAAAGCUGAAGAAGCAAAAUUAAAAGCAAGGUAUCCUCACCUGGGACAAAAGCCUGGCGGUUCAGAUUUUUUAAGGAAACGAUUGCAGAAAGGGCAAAAAUAUUUUGAUUCUGGGGAUUAUAACAUGGCUAAAGCAAAGAUGAAGAACAAGCAACUUCCUACUGCAGCCCCGGAUAAGACAGAGGUCACUGGUGACCACAUUCCCACUCCACAAGACCUUCCUCAGCGAAAACCAUCCCUCGUUGCUAGCAAGCUGGCUGGCUGAUUAAAAGAGAUGAACUGCAUGAGUCUUCUAAUUCCCGUUAUUUCUCCUUAAUAUCUUACUUACCCACUUUUUGUUUCCUUUCAUUCACUAAGUCUUUUGAGACUGACAGCUUUGCAGGUAGCGGUAGUGUGUGCUGCUAUUGUAAGGGAAUAUACAUGUGUAGAGUUUUUGAUUAGUUUAACACUGCACUGAUGAAAAGGACAUGUUAGAGCAUCAUAAGUAAUCUACUUGAAAAUAAUUGUAUAUAUUACCUAACUCCUAGUGUAGGACUGGUUCCAACAAGUAACAAGCAAAGUUUUACAAUUUUAAUGUUUUGGUUUUCCUUACUUCAUCUUAAUUAUAGCUUUGUAUGUUACUCCUAUUUAAUCUUUGUUGUAUUGAUUUCUCUGUAUUUUCCUUUUGGAUUUUGUAAAAACAGAAGUUUAAGACCACAAGUUGGAAGGAAAGUAACAUAAUUCAGACACAAGUAGAUGGGGCUCCAAAAGAUUUGACUAACUGUGCUUGAACUUGAAUGGCCUUAAACCUGUUUCAGCUUUAACAAUAUAGAAUUUUACUUGGGCAAUAUUUGUCCAUUCUGGUGUAACUUAUGUGACUUCAGUGCUAAUAGCUAUCAUUGAAGCUAGUGUCUUACUCAGUUCUGUAGUGUUAGAAUUCCUUUCAUUGUUGAAGAUGUGAAUGAAGUACGCAUGUGCAUUGACUGUUGCAUUCACUUUUGUGCCAUUUUUGUAAAUACAAUAUUUUGCACAACCUUUCACAAAUGUCUGUAUUAAUUUCACAUACUAGAAAGUAGAUAAUGUGCCAACUAGAAGCACAAGAGUUCCUACACAAAAUAUCAUUACAGCUUUUAUAAAAUAAGAAUAGUUUACAAUCUUGGGCAUAUAGAAAACUGAAAGCUUUGCUCAGUCUGCCAUAGAAUUAAACUUUUUUGUUUGUUACUAAUACCAUGACUUUCAGUGGCCUUGUGCAAAUAUGAUGUGUUUCUUUAGGCAUAUCUUUUAUCCUUUGCAAAACAUUUCAUUUUGGCAUUUAUGAAAAUUGCAACUCAUGUAAUUUAUAUAAACUUUCUAAAUGUAGAAACUUUUUACUUCCAUACUCAGCUUUGGGGACAGUAGAGUAAAAGGCUUGCAUUUUCUGCUUCCUCUCCCACCAAUCUUGUUUUUUUUUAAAUCUUCUUUGACUCAUGGUAUUGGGCAGUUCAAUUUAUGGGAAAGCAUGUAUCUAUGUCUUCUCUUUAAAUUUGCUCUGCAACACUCUCAUGGUUUCUUUCUAGCUGCUCAGUGAACCACACUUAAUUCUGUAUUGCUAAUAUUUGACAGUUUAAAUUAAAAAAACUUUUGAGAUUUCUCUGCUGGGGAUCAAACAGGGUUUCUCACACGUUAGGGAAGCAUUCUGCAAUGAGCUACAUCCCUAUCCCUAAGGGAACUUUAUAAUGAACCAAAUAGUUGAGAAGACUGGUCCAGGAAACUAUGUCAGGAAAAGCAGAAUUCUGGUAAAUAAUUAUGUUGGGCUAAGAGAAUUAGGCUUGAGACAAUUAGAGUAAUUUACAUGAUAGAUAAAACAUUCAUCUGUUUUAAAACUUUCAGAAUUUCCUUCUGUGGAUGUCAUUUUAAUAAAAUAAUUUAAUUGUACUUACAGUUUAUCUAGUUAGAACUUUACUGAACUUUAUCCGGACAAAUUUACCAUCUUCUUAGAGCUCUUUCCCAAGUUGUAAUGCUGUAGCACAAUGAGGAUCAGUAGCCUGAGACACUGUUUUUCUCUUUGUCUUUGACUUGCACAAAGCUUCACCUCCUUUGCAUCCAGUCAUCUUUUUUAGGUCUUGGAUCCAUUAGUAUACCUGCUUUCCUGUGAUUCUAAAUUACAGUAGAUGGUGCCUUGAACACAGCACCUGCACUUAAAUGGCUUAUUGUCCUGCUCCACUCACCCCAAAAGGCAGAGCAGCAACAAACUCAGUACUGUGCUUAUUUCUAAUUUUAUGGUUCAGUUGUAUAUAAAUACAUUUGUAACAAGAGCAAGUAGAUUAUUCUGCAAUGUGUGUAACUCAUUAUAAGAUAAAUUUAAGAAUUUUUAAAUACCCCAAAGUAAAAUUUCUAUUACAUCUAGUCUUGUUUUUCAUGAAUAUUUGCAAGCUAUUACCAUUAAAUUCCAACAUCAGAUAAGACUAAUCUGAAAGAGCAGAGAUCAUGUUAUUCCUGACCAUGAUGGGAUUCCUGUGGUUUAUGACAAGUGACAUAACAUCUGCUUGAAUUUUAAUUUGUAAAAUACCAUGCUAAUAUGUAACCUACCUCAAAGCUUGUUGAGGAUCUGUGAAAUACUGAGUAAGUGCCCAAAAUAAAAUGCUGUUGAUUGUCUUUUUUAUUAAAAGUAAAUUUCCUCAUUAAACCAACCUGCCUUCUGUGAAGUCACAGUGCUUAAAAUCUCAGGAUUUUCCAUUAGGAAAGACCUGUCAUUAAGGAUUUGUAGGUAAAAUUGUGUAGCCUUGAUUAUUGGUGCUUGACAUAGAGGCUUUAAAUUUUUCUACUUUUUUUUUCUGUUUCAAAGCUUGGUCUAUUGACACUUCUACAGGCUCUUUAAAUCACUUCAAUGAAGAUUUUGAUGAGCGGAGCUUAAUUUUCCAUUUCUAUUAUUUCAGAGUUCUCGGUUGAGAAAUGGCUAACUUUAGCCAUUGUCCUGUUUAUCUAUAAAUUAAUGUUAGAGUAAACUGAAGUUGGACAUAGCAUACUUUAUGAAAAUUGACUAAAGUGUGAAAUUGUUUCAUGACCAGUAGCUCCUACUUUUCAUAUGGUUCCGAGACACAUUCAUUCUUGAAGGCUCCAUCUUAUAAUUCUUAGUAAAUGGGAUGGGAUUGUUUGAAUUGAAUUUGUAGUCUACAAAUUUUUCAAUAAUCUUGUGCUGCUGACCUAAAAAUGUCUUAACUAUUCAAGGCAGGCCUGGUAAGGCCUCUGUUACUACUUCAACAGUUAGAAUCAGUUGUUUUUUUACUUACUAGAAGCAGGUAGUGUAUGGGAAUUUUUGAGUGGUUACCAAAGCAGUUUCUCUGAUGGCCUUUCACAUUCCCCAGCAAACAUGCUUCUACUUUUCAUUUUCCUUCUUUUAUCUCCUCUUAUACACGCACAUCCCUGUGUAUUUCUAAAGUCCUCUGUAGGCACUUACUAAAUGGUUUUAAGACCGAUGAAUUAUUCAUCCUUUAUCAUUUUGAAUAUACCAAAUUUAGGACAUUACAAGUUUUCUAAACUAUUCUAAUCUGGAUAAGGACUAAUAUGAACUACUAUCCCAACUCUGUAACUUAGCACGCACUGCCGGUUUCCCUGUGUCUUUUUCCCCAGCUCCCCCACUACAUCUUGUAAAACUGGGAUCAAAGAAACCUCUGUGAUGGUUAGUCUACAGAUUAAAAAUGCCAUUUUGAGUAGUGUUUCACUAGUUUAUACCUAAGUAAGUAGACCUUGUAAGUUUUAAUCUACAAAUCACUGAUGGUUGUGAUAGCCAUUAAUGUAUGUUUGUAUUAUGUUACUAGCAGUUGAAAGAAAACAUCUUACUUCAUUAAUAUGCCCUCAAAUCUAUUACUACAUCUCUACCAUUCGUUAUGCAAUAGGACACUUUGCCUGUAUUAAAAGGGCCAAGAGUAAAUGCUUUUUUGUUAAACAUGUCUGUAGAGUUGGCAGUUAAUGCUGAAAUUUGUCAAAUAGUCUGUCCAAAAUUAUACUUGUAAAAUACCCAAAAAAUAAAUUGAU